AUGGACUCAGCUCAUAGGGAAGAGGCGCAGGAGGCCUCCGAAGCACUGGUGUCUCCUGUGCAUUCACACGAGGAACCGCCAAAUGUGAACAAUCGGCCCACCAGCCUCCCCGCCGAGCCUCAUCCCGAACCAGCAAACGAGCCUCUGGUGGCGGAGAGCGCUGACGAGAGCCAGAAGCCGAGCAAAGAAAAACCAUCAAUAUGGAAGCUCGUCUCGGAUUUAUUUAUCUGGGAGGUACUGGCUAUGAUUCUAUCCUCGGGGCUCCUCGUCGCUAUCGUGGUGCUGCUGAGUCAAUAUGAUGACAAGCCACAGCCGACUUGGAAAUAUGUAUCGCUCAACUCGGUAAUCUCCUGGUUGAGUACGAUAUCAAAGGGGUGUGUCUUGUUUUGCCUCAGCGAGGGAAUCGGACAGCUCAAGUGGGUCUGGUUCACGCGAAAGACGCAGCCAUUGGUUGAUUUGAGCACUUUUGAUGGAGCCAGUCGGGGCAUUUGGGGGUGCGGUGCCUUGGUUUGGAGGCUGCGGGCAAAACAUUUUGCAGCCCUUGGCAGUUUGGCGGUCAUCCUGGCUCUCGCCUUUGAUCCCUUCAUUCAGAACUUGAUACACUACUACCCCAAGCUGAUCCCCGAUCCGUCGGGGAAUGCAGUUGUUGCAAGCAACUCGCUAUACUCAGCGCUAGGCCCACCAGUGGGUAUCGGAGAUAACUAUGUCAACGCGGAGAUGAAGGCCAACGUCUACAAUGCGCUCUUUAACAGCGAUACAUCACACCCCUGGGCCACUCCACGAUACACAUGCACGUCUGGUAAUUGCACCUGGGAUCCGGUCGCCGCAUUGGAGAUGAGAGCAAGCUGCACGAAUAUCACAGACAAAUUGAAAUUCGAAAUAUACAACGGAACUCUCGGCAUAGUCAACCCAAACACGACCAUUCAAAGCAAGUCAAUAUACUUGACAGGUAUCGGGGAAAACCUCACCGCGGACGUGAUGCUGGACAGCGUCUGGGGACAACCUGUCGCGUUGGGCGUCCUAAACCCGCUUGUUUACAACAAGAGUAUCAUACCUCCUAUUCAACUGAUCGCUCCAGACGGCGUACUGGGCAAAGACGUAUGGAGCCAUACCACGGAUCCCGACGUCGUGAACCCGGUGUGGCAGGCGAUGGAAUGCAGUAUUGAACCGAUCGUACGAAGCUUCCGUCCAAGUGUCGCCGAGGGCCACUAUUCCGAAGACACGAUCGACACCUGGACCAACGGGUCUUUCAAAGAUUACUACAUGGGCAGUGACUACAGCUUGAAGCCCCCCUGGGGUCCAGAGAAGGGCGUCGAAAAAGGAAAAGUGUUCACUAUCACCAAGCGGUCUUUAACAUCAAUCCGGUACUUCUUUCAACAGUUCUUCCCUGGUCGAGCCUCAAUGGACCCUUUUGGAUUCAGCUUCAUUUCCGAUAGUGAUUCCGUGACACCAUACGCAUCUAACGUCCAGACUCAAACAAAAUCAGCCUCCGAAUACGCCAGUGGGGACUUGAUGCAGCUCAUGGCUAUCUCGAAUAUUACCCUGUGCCCGUCUCAAAGUGCCGACAAACUGAAGUGUGCUAUGGAAAAUGUCGCGAAGGCUAUGUCGAAGGCCAUUCGGGAUCAAUCGUCGUCACCUACAAAUCUGACCACUGUCUCCGGAGAGGCGAUGACUAGCUCAACGCAUAUCUCUAUUCACUGGCAAUGGAUUAUUCUGCCUGCGGUGGUGUGGCUUUUGGGUCUUGUCACUCUGUUAGGGACUAUGUGGAAGACGCGGCGGACUAUGGUCCCUACGUGGAAGAACGAGACCAUGCCGAUCAUCGCUUUGUGUCGGAAUAGUCAGAAUGAGAAGCCGCAGAGUGAUCAAGGGCUGGAGACUGAGAGGGCGAUGUUAUAUAAAAGUGAUGGCAAAAUGGUCAUGUGUGGAUAG